AUGGCGAACCUUCACGCGGCGCUGUCACAACUUCGAGAUCGCCUUCUCGAACGCAUCAUAUGGAUAGACGCUAUCUGCAUCAACCAGCACGACAACAACGAGAAGGGACAGCAGGUUCAAUCCACGACCAAGAUUUAUGCCAACGCCAACCGCGUCAUCGUCUGGCUUGGAGAGGCGGCAGAAGAUAGCGACCAGGCGCUCGGAGCGCUACGCACGGCCGCCGAAGAGCAGCAACUCUUCGCAUCGCAAACCGAGAAGGACGCGCCAAAGUCGUCCCAAUUGAGAUUGGGUUUGAUGUAG